GACUAAUAGUCCCUCCAUGUGUUGUUUUUCUGUAGGGUUCGGAAACUGUGUGGGAAUCAAUGGGAGGUUGGUUGGUACUUGAGCUAUGGUUAAUGGUUGUUAGUGUUCCGUCCGAUGUCACUGUUCUGUCCGAUGUCACUGUUCUGUCCGAUGUCACUGUUCUGUCCGAUGUCACUGUUCUGUCCGAUGUCACUGUUCAAUCUGGUGGCCUGUGUGAACCUGUUGUGUGUGGAUGUCUUAGAGCGAGUGUAUAGGAGCAAAUGCACAGGAGCAAUCAUCCAAGAGCAUUGGUGCUGCUCCACUUGCCGAGACAUCCCUAUGGCAAGCGUACGUAGCAUGUGUAGACCACGCGUCACACCUCGAGUCCUUGUAAUUAACGCAUAUGAGCAUAUGUUACACAUGUCACAUAUAAUCCCAGGGUCUAAUUAUAGCCCAGCACACAGGCAGACCACCCACGCUGCACCGGCUUGGUCCCAUGGCACCAUCAAAAGAAAAUCGCUUUAAGCCAUGAGUCAGUUGACGGCCAAACUAAACAAAACAACACAA